GCAGACAGCGCUUGCACGCUUGCAUUGUCUUUUACCCCAGAACUCUUUCCGGCACCACUUAAACUAGAACCUCUCUUUGAGACCCAGCGCUUCUCACGUCGGCGAGACACAUAUCCUAAUAAAUUUUAUUCUGUGACAAAACAUAGAGCGGUGGGCUACUAGGACACUGCUUUGCACUUUCAGUGGGCCAGUCACGCCUAGACAGGGUACCGACUUGAUUGGCACAGGACUCGGGCGAUGGAGAAGCUACCAGCAUCUUUAACAACACUGGAGUAACAUACAGAGCAACUCCACGAGGCGCUGCCUUUUUUAGCACAGCUUUCGGCUUUCCGGCUCCGUUAGCAGAGCAUUGUACUAUCUUCUGAGCCGGCGCAAAAAUGGGUGCGUGCUGCUCACAGCCCGGCGACAAGUACGAGGUGUCAGCAGGUAGCAAUAAGGCACAGAGCAAGCCGACGUCGUCAGCUAAGCAGCCGGCGAAGCCAUCAGUCCCUGACUUCGGUCUUUCAGAGACCCACGAAGUUAUCAAGCUCUUGGGACGUGGUGGCGAGGGCGAGACAUGGCUAUGCCGGGACAAGGAGACGAACGCGCAGGUGGCCAUUAAGCUUAUUAAGCGGCCGAUUCCUAAACCAGCCAUCCAGGUUAUUAAGCGGGAGAUUAAGAUUCAAGCGGACCUUGGUCAGGGGCAUUUGAACAUUGUAAGCGCCGAUGAGGUUAUCCUCAGCAAAACAUAUCUGGGGCUCAUCAUGGAGUAUGUGCCAGGUGGCAACAUGGUGGGUUACGUCACCAAGAAGCGCGAGACCAAGCACGAGCGGCAGGGGCUGUGCAUUGAUGAGGACGAGGCCAGGUACUUCUUCAGGCAGCUGAUCAGCGCUGUGGAGUACUGCCACCGCAACAACGUGGCUCACCGCGACCUCAAGCUCGACAACACGCUGCUGGACAACCACGAACCCCCCUGGCUCAAGCUGUGCGACUUUGGGUUCGCAAAGCACUGGCAGGCCGGCUCCAACAUGGACACCAUGCGCAUCGGCACCCCCGAGUACAUGGGGCCCGAGCUCAUCAGCAGCAGGAGUGGCUAUGACGGCAAGAAGGUGGAUGUGUGGGCUGCGGGUGUGCUGCUGUACGUGAUGCUGGUGGGCAUGUUCCCAUUCGAGACGCAGGACGACAAUUUCAACAACACGGCGGGUCUGUACGACAUCUGGCUGCAGCAGAUCAAGACCAGCUGGCGCGAGGUACCCAACAACACGCACGCCGCCUCGCGCCUCACGCCCGAGCUGAAGGAGCUGCUGGACCGCAUGUUUGAUGUGAAGCAGGAGAGCCGUGCCAGCAUCGACACCAUCAAGUCGCACCCCUGGUUCAACCGCCCGCUGCCGCCCAAGUACGAGGAGUCGCUCAAGGAGCUGCAGGAGGAGCAGCGAGCUAUUGACGAGCAGGUGUCCAAGGGCGCAUUCCAGAGUGCGGAGAGGGACAAGGCUCUGGAGGCCCUGCUCGACCGCGCCGUGACCCCCCCGCUGCCCACCGAGUCCGUUACCCGACUGAGCCUGGCCAAGAUCAAGCGCGCCUACUCCAUACUCAAGACCAAGGGCGGGGCGGCGGGUAUGGCGGCGGUGGCGG